AUGCUUGGCACUAAGACUGCACUCAAAGAGCUGAAUGGGGCCAUAAGAGUUUCUGACCCCUGUCCCAUACCUACUACCCUCUACAGGCGUGUCUGGCCCCUGACCCCUGCCCUUUACCCUCUACAGGAGUGUCUGAAUCUGCCCACCCCUGCCGUCGACCCUGAGGGCGUGGCGGUGUCAUCACCGCUCCUCCUGGCCACCAUGUUGAUGCUGGUGGCCGCCAGCCCCGUCUCGGGAUCGGACGCGGAGACGUGUUUCUCCCGACAGCAUCAGAACGCCAUAGUGAAUGUCCGCCAGGCGCUGGUCCGACCGACCACCGUCAUGGACUCCAGAGUCACCCAAUCAGAGAGAGACUGUGUUCUGGCCUGCUGCUCAGAGGACGUCAAGCCAGGUAUAAAGUGUACCCUGGCUGUGUUCAACCCUCACAAGCCCUCUGAGCCUCCCAACAACCACAACUGUCAUCUGUUCCACUGCCAGAGUGAGCAGGACUGUCCCCUCCUGACUGCUGAACAGGGCAUCAACACAUACGACAUCUUCAAAGAGUCUUUCAUCUCUGCUAACAAUGCCUGUUAUAACACGACCGACUCCAACCACUACUACAACAACACAACAAACAACAUCCUGGUCACGACCAACUCCAACCACUACUACAACAACACAACAAACAACAUCCUGGCCACGACCAACUCCAACCACUACUACAACAACACAACAAGCAACAUCCUGGCCACGACCAACUCCAACCACUACUACAACAACACAACAAGCAACAUCCUGGUCACGACCAACUCCAACCACUACUACAACAACACAACAAACAACAUCCUGGCCACGACCAACUCCAACCACUACUACAACAACACAACAAACAACAUCCUAGACCCAGACCCCAUCAGAACUACUGAAAAACUCCAGCCAGCCACUGAGCCAGCUACCACCACCACCACUUCUACUGGUGCUGCUGCCACCACUAAGAGCCCAGCAGCCAUUGAGCCCCUGAUCCCAAGGACAACACCAGAAAACGAGCUGGUGCUGGUGCCCAAGGGGGUCCAGGCAGCCCCAGCUUCCCCAGGGACAGAGGGUCAGGGCGGGGGGAAGGAGGUGGCAGGGCGGGGGGCUCUGAAGAGCUCCCUGGUGGCUGUGGUGGUGGUAGGCCUGGCCAUCCUGACUCUGGCCCUGGCUGUGGUUGGACGUAAGGCCAUGGAGUCAUUCGACCGGCGACACUACACCAGGCUGGAGCUUAACGACCUACACUACGAGGUGUGA